GGCGGGACCCGCCCGCCCGGCCCGGCGCAUGGCAGCGCGCUGAGGCGGGCCGCCCCGGGCCGCACCGCGCAGGGCCGAGCCGGCCCGGGUGGCGGUGGCGGUGGCGGUGGCGGCGGCCGGCGGGCCAUGCUGCUGAAGCUGCUGCAGCGCCAGACCUACACGUGCCUGUCGCACCGCUAUGGGCCCUGCCUCUGCCUCGGCGGCCUCGUCCUCAUGAUCGUCUCCGCCCUGCAGUUCGGGGAGGUUGUGUUGGAGUGGAGUAGAGACCAAUAUCAUGUUAUGUUCGAUUCAUACAGAGACAACGUUGCUGGCAAAUCAUUUCAAAAUCGGCUUUGUUUACCCAUGCCGAUUGAUGUGGUAUACACCUGGGUGAACGGCACAGAUGUUGAACUGAUCAAAGAAUUGCAACAGGUCAGAGAACAGAUGGAGGAAGAACAGAAAAUAAUAAGGGAAAUCCUUGGAAAGAAUGCAACAGAACCAACAAAGAAGAGUGAGAAGCAACUGGAAUGUUUGCUGACACACUGCGUUAAAGUGCCAAUGCUUGUCCUGGACCCUGCGCUGCCGACCAACGUCACGCUGAAAGACCUCCUGUCCAUUCAUCCUGCUCUACAAGCUGCUAACAAUAUGUUCUUUGUAGCAAAACCAAAAAAUCCUUCUACCAAUGUGACAGUAAUUGUUUUUGAUAGCCCUAAGGAUGUUGAAGCUGCCCAUUCUGGAAUGUUAAAAGACAACAGCAAGCAGAUAGUAUGGAGGGGCUACUUGACUACAGACAAAGAAGUUCCAGGCCUAGUGUUAAUGCAAGACUUGGCCUUCCUUAGUGGAUUUCCAGCUACAUUCAAAGAAACAAAUCAGCUACGAACAAAACUACCAGAGAGUCUGGCCUCUAAAGUAAAACUGUUGCAGCUCUAUUCAGAAGCCAGUGUGGCUCUUUUGCAACUGAAUAACCCUAAGGGUUUCCAUGAACUGAGCAAACAAGCAAAGAAGAACAUGACUAUAGAUGGAAAAGAAUUAAUGCUUAAUCCUGCUUACUUACUGUGGGACCUCAGCUCUGUCAGUCAGUCCAAACAGGAUGAAGAUAUUUCUGCCAGCCGUUUUGAAGAUAAUGAAGAACUGAGAUACUCGUUACGAUCAAUAGAGAGGCAUGCUCCUUGGGUGCGACAUAUUUUCAUUGUCACUAAUGGGCAAAUUCCUUCCUGGCUUAACCUGGAUAAUCCCCGGAUAACCAUAGUGACCCACCAGGAAAUAUUUCAGAAUGUGAGUCACUUGCCUACCUUCAGUUCACCAGCUAUUGAAAGCCACAUUCACCGUAUCAGUGGCCUCUCUCAGAAGUUUAUCUAUCUCAAUGAUGAUGUUAUGUUCGGGAAAGAUGUUUGGCCUGAUGAUUUUUACAGUCACUCUAAAGGUCAGAAGGUUUACUUGACUUGGCCUGUGCCAAACUGUGCUGAGGGAUGUCCUGGUUCAUGGAUUAAAGAUGGUUACUGUGAUAAAGCCUGUAAUAACUCAGCUUGUGAUUGGGAUGGAGGUGAUUGCAUUGGUAACAGUGGGGGUAGUCGCUAUGUUGCUGGUGGUGGUGCAGUUGGAGGUAUAGGGAAUGGACCACCAUGGCAAUUUGGUGCAGGAAUAAGUGGUGUUUCAUAUUGUAACCAAGGUUGUGCUAAUUCCUGGCUAGCAGACAAAUUCUGUGAUCAGGCCUGCAACGUUCUCUCCUGUGGAUUUGAUGCUGGUGACUGUGGGCAAGAUCACUUUGAAGAGAUGUACAAGGUGACACUUCAGCUUAAUCAGACCUACUAUGUUAUUCCAAAAGGUGAAUGUCUGCCCUAUUUCAGCUUCAGCGAAAUAGCCAAGAAAGGAAUUGAGGGUUCAUAUAGCGAUAAUCCAAUUAUUCGGCAUGCUUCAGUUGCGAACAAAUGGAAGACUAUCCACCUCAUAAUGCACAGUGGCAUGAAUACAACUGUGAUCUAUUUUAAUCUUACAUUUCUAAAUAAAAAUGAUGAAGAGUUUAAAAUGCAGGUAGCUAUUGAAGUCGAUACUAGAGAGGAGCCAAAACUGAACACAAGUUCAACGCAAAAAUCCAACUCUGAGUUUAAAACUCCAACUUCAAUACCAGAAGCUGAAUUGAUAUUUGAAGAUAUUCCUGAAGAAAAACGCUUUCCAAGAGUCAGGAGACGUCGAAAUGAAACAGGAGGGAGUUUCCAUGAAGAGAUCAUAAUACCAUCGGUAAAUAUGUCUCUCCUUCCUGAAAACGUUCAGAUAGCACUGCAGAACCUGGAUUUAAAACUAGCAAAUGGUGAUAUCACUCAGAAGGGAUUUAACCUAUCCAAGGCUGCUCUCCUGAGACCUUAUCAGUUCUUAACUACAGUAAAGAAGAUUGUAGGUCUGGAAAAGAAUGGUGUGCAUUAUAAUUCACAAGAUCAGAAAAAUAAAACCGGCUGGCAGAAGCCUCAUGAAGACGUAAACAAUAGCAAAACAGAAACAGCAAUAAAAGCAAAUGGGGAAGUUCCUUCAAGACUUACCGGAACAAAAAGGACUGAUGCGGCAAUGAAUACAAAUAAACCUAUUUCCAAAAUGAAGCCUAAAUCCACGCAUCCAGCCCAGAGAAAUGGGAUCCAGCCCAUGGGAAAUGAAAAUGAAUCUCAAGAAAAAAUAUUGAAUUCCAUCAUGUUAAGGGAAACACGUCAGUCAAAAAAUAUUGGGAAUUCUGAGGCUGGAGAAGAUACAGAGGGAAUGGAGGGCAGAAAAGGGCAUGUACAGUUGGAUACAAAUGGAAGGGAGGGGUUAGUGGGAAGAAAAUUACAGUCUUAUGCUGGAAGUUACCAAGGCUUUUUGCCAUGGGAGAAAAAGAAGUAUUUCCAGGACCUUCUUGAUGAAGAAGAGUCAUUACUCAAAGAAAUGUCAUACUUUACUGAUGGUAAACAUCUUGGAAGGCAGCUGAAAGAUACAUUUGCUGAUUCCCUUCGAUAUGUAAAUAAGCUUUUAAACAGUAAAUUUGGAUUUACAUCUCGGAAAGUCCCUGCUCAUAUGCCUCACAUGAUUGACCGCACUGUUAUGCAAGAGCUACAGGAUAUGUUUCCUGAGGAGUUUGACAAGACGUCAUUUCACAAAGUGCGGCACUCAGAAGAUAUGCAGUUUGCUUUUUCAUAUUUCUACUAUCUUAUGAGUGCAGUCCAGCCACUGAACAUCUCUCAGAUCUUCGAUGAGGUUGAUACAGACCAGUCAGGCAUUUUGUCUGACCGAGAGAUUCGAACAUUGGCCACAAGAAUCCACGAACUGCCAUUAAGUUUGCAGGAUUUGACAGGUCUAGAACAAAUGCUAAUAAAUUGCUCAAAAUCUCUUCCUGCCAACAUCACUCGGAUCCAUGUUAUUCCACCAACUCAGGAAGCAUAUUAUGAUCCCAAUCUGCCUCCAGUAACUAAAAACCUAGUAACUAAUUGCAAACCUGUGACUGACAGAAUUCGUAAGGCAUACAAGGACAAAAACAAAUAUAGGUUUGAAAUCAUGGGAGAAGAGGAAAUUGCCUUCAAAAUGAUUCGCACAAAUGUGUCUCAUGUAGUUGGUCAGCUGGAUGACAUACGAAAAAAUCCCAGAAAGUUUGUUUGCCUAAAUGACAAUAUUGAUCACAAUCAUAAGGAUGCACAGACAGUGAAAGCAGUGCUUAGGGAUUUUUAUGAAUCAAUGUUUCCUAUACCUUCCCAAUUUGAACUGCCAAGAGAAUAUCGGAAUCGUUUCCUUCACAUGCAUGAGCUCCAAGAAUGGAGGGCAUACAGAGACAAGCUCAAAUUCUGGACCCACUGCGUUCUAGUAACACUUAUUGUAUUUACAGUCAUCUCAUUUUUUGCUGAACAGCUAAUUGCACUUAAACGAAAGAUUUUUCCAAGGAGAAGGAUCCAAAAGGAAGAUGGUCAUGAACGAAUAAAAGUGUAGAAGAGCUUUAUUUUGGAGAUCAGUCUACCUCAAGAUGUGAUAAGCAUUCAAAAUCUCUCUUUCAUAAGUGUCUUUUAUGGUUUGAUAUUUAACUAAGGUGAUAUGAAGAAAAAAAAUCAUGCAUCUACAGUUACGAUCUCUGCAGUACUCUAUGAUAUACAAGCUGCUGCAGCUGUGACAGGAAGCAAAACAAACAUUGCAGGAAACCUGUACAUAGGCAGAUUUCAACUGAUCUUACUUUACAAAUGUUAGUUCAUGGCCAUGUUAUCCUUUUUUAUAAAAAGGGUUACCUAAAGAAAUGUAGCUGCAUUUAUUGCAGUGUAUGUUGCCAACUAGAUAUAAUGUUAGAAGGCAAAGUUGUUUGGGAUGAGCUCAACAGGUCCUUGAUCUUGCAUUCCAAAACAUUUUGCAAAUUUCUGUCAUUGCUGCUUUUUUUUUUUUCAGCCCUAUGGGAAAACGAAGGGAAUUAUGUAACUUGUCAUUUACCUUUAGUCUACCCUUAAUGAUGUUGGCAUUCUUUAAAGCACAGUGACAAUUCACAACAUUAUUUGUAGUAUUUAAUUGGGAUUUGGAAUAAAUGCAAUCUAAUUAAAAUAUACAAUAACAGAACAAUUAAUUAUUAUUUUGAAGUUACUUUAUAUCUUAUCUGAUGUAUUAUAUUCCAAAGAAUACAAUGUUGUUGUUUCUUGAUUACAAAGAGAGGGUUCUAAUCAAAUGAAAAUGAUUAAGGUAUAACAUUUUACAAGCAUUGUAAAUAUAAAAGCAAAAGUGCCUCUCUAUAUGAAUGGUUAACAAACUGUUUUAAUGUAGCAAUGAAUGGGAGCAAUGUUUCACUUCAGAAAACAAAAUUUAUACUGACAAAUGAAGCUUUUGUGUUUUUAAAUUUCAUGGGAUUUGGCCCUGUAUUUGUCUUGAGACAUCAGACUAGUAUGAUUUUAUGUGGGAAAAGAUACCGUAUGUAUUCAAGCACAAAUUUUCAGUGGCUUAUCUUCAUUGUACUAGCAGUAUUCAAAGAAUGCAUUGGUGUUUUUUUUGUAAUCAGAUGUACAAAAUGUGCACAUGUAUUGUAAAAUACUCGGUUUGCUUUGAAAUCAACUAAACUAUGGUAAAAGGUUUGUCUGUUUCUGUUUUAAAGUAGACAAAUUCACUCAUUUUGAUAAAUUAGCCAUUAAUGCUUA